AGCGCUCGGGAAUUCAACUCGGAACCAAGCCUCGGCUUCGGCUCGGAAGGUCGGAAGACGACGAGCAACAACAAAGAGGAUCCAUGGCGACCUCACAGUUGUUGUUCAUUGUUGCUUAGUUUUUAAAUAUUUUAAUCCUCUUCGACUGGACAUCUUGUCAACGGGCGUUGAAUUUUUAAAUAUCGGAUAGAAUAAGAGCUUAAAAUUAGUUAACUUGCGCUUCCGAAGGUCCUCAAGAGCUUGAAAUUCCGUCGUGCCCUUUGCGCCGACAAAGCCGCUCUGCAUUUCCGACUUUGACGCCGAAGGCAUAGGUGGUGGAAGAUGGAGGAGGAAAUGGAAAUUAACAAUAACGAUCUGAACAACAACACAGAUUUCGAAGAAGACGCGCUGGCCGCUGAUCAGAUGGCGGACCUGGCAGAAAUGAAUGCGCACGACAUCAUGGAAAAUACACAGAGAAAUCUGCUGAGAGACGCGGGCAUUGUGCGGCAAAGGAUCGGUUACCAGGUGUCCAUAGAGCAAGUCUAUCACCAUCUGGAAGUUGCCAUGGACCACGAAAACAGAAUUGAUUUGGUGGUUGAGGAUCUGUUGGAGCGCAUCAACAAUGGCGAAUUUGGAGAAGUCAGGCCCACGACUUCAAGAGAAGAUGCGACUGAGCCAGCAGCUGAAAAUACCAUCGACAACGAAAACUCGAUUGAACCAAGUGAGUCUCUAGCAUAUGUCGCAGAAGACGAUAGUGAGAUGGACGAUGAUGAAGACUCGAGGCCGCGCUCGAACAAGAGGAAAGUUGUUGAAGCUCGGAAGGAGCAAGCUGCGGCCAGCGACGAUUCCAGAGAGGUUGAGUCAAUCCUCGAUGGACAGCUGGAGCAAAUAGGUGGUGCGGCUGAGCAGGAGGAGAUGCCUGCAAAUUUCAAUGCCAAAAUGGAGCUUGACCUGGAGAAUCUGGCAUCCUUGUUUCCGAAUCGACCUCUUGAUGAAAUGAGGGACAUGUACUUGUCUAUUUUCCAAAUUGAGAAGGACAACACUGUCAAUAUGCUUGCACAGCAACUGUAUGAUGCCGAGGACUUAGCAUCGCCUCCUAAACGACCUCGAAUCGAUCAGAAUGUGCAAGAUAGGGCAGGACCAAGUGGCCUUGCGCCUGCCAAAUUGAUGCUGUUGGACGAGAUCUGCCACAUUUUACCUGACAUUGCUAGGCAGGAUUUGGAACUGAAGUGUGUGGAAUAUGACUGGAAUGAAAAUUUGAUCGGCACUUUUGUCGCUCAACAACUUCAAAUCAGAACUGGAAUUGCUGAUGCCGAUGCUGGAGCUCAGGAUUUUCGUCCCCAGUCGCCGCAGCCAGGCCCAAGUAAUGAGCAAGAAGAUGGCGAUGUGACAGAAGAGCCAGUCGAUCCGCCGGAAGUGACUGAAAGAGUUGCUCAGCUUAUUGGAAUGUUUCCGAAUACAGAUCCAGAAUUUCUGAGACACAAGGUUUUGGAAACAUUAGAACAACCAGAAGAGUACAGUGCUUUCGUCAAUGCUGCCAUUGAGGGCCAAAGUAUGCCCACACGCAAAGAGUUUGAAGAGCGCAAGAAGAAGGAAGAGGAUUUUAAAAAAUAUACCCAACGAAUGUCUGUUGAGGAAUUUUUAAAGCACUUUCCAAACCCACAAGAACAUUUCGAGGCAAAGACUGUUGGUCAGAAUGAUGAGCUGUACAAAGAGCUGUGUCAAUCCUUCCUGAGCAGCCAUUUCUCCAGAAUCUCGAAGAAAAAAAUCUUGCAAAUCUUCCAUCUUUCGUACAACCUGACCAAAGCAUUUGAUGCCCUUCAGAGAGAGCCAAAUCAAAUCAAAAACAGGAGAAGCAGAUAUCAAGAAGCACCAACACAAACUCAGCACCUGCAUUUUCUCCAGGAAGUUACAUACUUGAAGAUGAAGGAGGACAUUAAGAGAUACUAUAAAAACAAAGAAGAGGAGAGAAAGAGAGCCAUUGAGCGAGCAAGAGCGAAAAAUGAGCUUGUGGAGUGUCCUGUCUGCUGCGAAGACGAAUGCUUGUUUGAAGACAUGACUGCUUGUGCUGAUGGCCACCUGUUCUGCAAAAAUUGCAUCAAACAGUAUGCAGAAACAGCUAUUGGAGACAACAAGACUCAGUUUCCGUGCAUUGAAGGAAACUGUGCCAGUUCAUUCCCUCUGCAAACUCUGAAGACUGUUCUUGAUGCCAAAGCUUUUACUUGUCUUCUAAGAAGGAUGCAGUCGGAAGAAAUCAGAGCUGCCAACAUUCAGGACCUCGAAUCAUGUCCUUUCUGUGAUUACAGCUACAUUCCUGAUGAAAACAACGCACUGUUUGAAUGCCAAGCAGAUACAUGCAAGAAGGUCUCAUGCCGUAAAUGCAAGGAAUUGAACCACUUGCCACUUCGUUGCGAAGAGGUUGAGAAAGAUGCUGAAUCUCGGCUUCGGAAGGAAAUUGAAGAGCGCAUGACUAAUGUCUUGAUAAGGGAGUGUUACAAAUGCCAGAACAAAUUCAUCAAGUCUGACGGCUGCAAUAAGAUGACUUGCAGCAGAUGUGGUUCCAAGAUGUGCUACCUUUGCCGCCAGCCCAUCCGGGACUACGAUCAUUUCUACCAAGGUCCACAAGGAGGACCAAAUCCCAAUGGGUCUUGCCCCCUCUACUCCAACAAUGAUGAGCUACACGUACGCCAAGUUAUAGAAGAGGGCGAAAAAGCCAAGAAGGAAGCUGAGGCCAAAGGCUUGACUUUGAAGCACGACCCAACCAAGAUCAAGCCCAAAGAAACUGGUGGCGGUUUACCACAUCAUGGGCACAUGCCCAUCAAUUUCCUGGGACAAGUGCAGGAUGAAGUGCUAAGGCGCUUAGCAAACAUCCACUGGCAGCAACAUCAGAUACACCAACCACAACCAGAGAUUGCUGAACUAGGAAUGGAUCAGCUCAAUGACUAUGUCAUGAGAAUGUGGGGCCCAGAUAAUGCUCCAGGUGCCGCCGCUCAACCACCAGCUAAUGCUAAUUUACCCAGGGCCGAUAACGCUCCUGUUGCUGUUGCUCCUCCAGCAGCACAACAAGCUGCGCCCGAACCAGCACCACCAGCACACGUCAAUCCUCCUCCUGCCGCUCCUCAAGCAUGGGUUGGCCAAGGCCAAAGACGCUAUAACGUUUUGGUUGGACGUCUACAGGUGCUGAACGGAGCUGUGCAGUUCUUGGCCGGACAACACCAAAACCAAGAUCAGCAGCGCAAUGCUCUCAACAGACUCCGAAGACUGAUAGAACUGACAGAAAACGAGCUGAGGAACGUCAACGGCGGCAAUCCUCCAGCAAAUGUGCAGAACGCUGUGCAGUUCAACACUCCCUAUGAAGUGUACAAUGCCCUAGCCAACCAACAACGCGCGAUCCGAGAAGAAAUGAUCAGACGCCAAAUUGUGCGCCGACUGGUUCAAGUCCGGCAAGAUCGGCGCAUUGGGCAGGAACGACGCGCGAACGUCGCUCCCCCGCAUCAGGCUGGUUUGCGUAUCUACUUUGAUCCUGCCGAUAGAGCUGGAGGCUACCAGGUGCAAGGCUUGAAUAUGCAGUUCCCUGGGAUGGGAAAUCCCAACUGGCGCAUAUUCCGAGCUGCGCCUCAGAAUGCUCCUCAACCUCCUCCUCCUCAAAUGCACGUGCCUUUAGCCAACGAAGCAUUCCGACCUCUGCGGAGAAUCAACCACCAGGACGGAACGUUUUCGUAUCGGGUUGAGGUGGAGGUUCGAAAUCCAACUGCAGUCCGAGCCCAAAACCAGCAACAGCAGGCUGCAGCCAACAACGCACCGAGGCAAGUGCGACACAACCUCUUCCCAGAGCAACCAGUGGAGCCUCCAGCACCAGCUCCACCAGUGCCUCAGACACCAGCCCAACGAGCUGGCGCGUUUUUUGCCACUCUUCCUUUCCGGGAGACUCCUCGUCUUACCACUGACGCUGCUCGGAGGUUGCCACCCUUGGACAGGGCGAGGUACUCGAUUGAGAGGUGCCACCGUGCUAUGGACAUGCUGGAAAACAGUCGUUUACUCAACCCCAUGGGCGAACCAGGCAACAUCGAGAUAAGCAACUUCAAGAAGAUGUACACAAUUAUCAAAAAGUUGAAAGAGGAAGCCAAAGACUCGGCCGAACUGGAGGAGCACAUGCUCUUUUUGAACAACAGGUUCAACGCGUUGAUUGAAAACCACAAAGGCUUCAAGGCACUAAAGAAGGAGAUCAAGCAGCAGAGGAAAAAUGAAAAGUCUGCGAAAAGGUCUGAAGCAGCAGGAACCUCUGCGGAAGGGGAUCAAUCCGGAGCAGGCCCGUCGACAAGGCCCAAUAAUGACGAUCAGGACGGUGGAGGAAACAACUCCCCAGAUAGUGACGAUUAUGUUAAUAACUUUCAAUUUGAUGACUAGAAUAACGGUUAAAUAUGGUGUUCAAUGUUUAGGAAAGCUUGCUAUUAAUGCUUUCUGUGAUUUAAAUUUAUAUAUACUCCGUAUUGUUGUGGUUUCACAUAUUCUAACUUUACUACUAUUUGCAGAUCAUGAUUAUGCAACGUUGGAAGCAAAUAUUUUACUUCAUUGAAGGCGUUGUGUUUAUUGAAUUGGAUGAUGCGUAGUCUUUUUUAUAUAUAAAUAUCAUCAAAUUAAUCUUUUGAUUCCAUUAUGUUAAUUGACUGCAUUUAUUUAAUAUUUUGUGAGGUGCCUGUUGUUCCGUCGAAAUUGGACAUUAAAUCAUCCUUUGUGCAGGCACCAUUUUCUACUCUAUGCUAUUUGUAUGAUAAUGCGCCACAAAUAUAAUUUGGCACUAUGCAUUUGUAAUCUAUCCAUAUUGAAAUAGGUUAAGCUAGUUGUCUUGACUAAAUUUAUAUUAAUGGAAGAAAGCUUUUGAUCAAAACGUGUUGAUUUGUACCUAAAUGACGUAUAUAAAAUAAAUUGAAAAUUCGCAACUCGG